AUGACGAACCGGAAGGGAUUUUUAGCUCAACAAAAUACAUUUUUGGAUACCAUAGCAACCCGGUUCGACGGUACACACAGUAACUUCGUGCUCGGUAACGCCCAGGCAACAGGCUGUCCAAUUGUUUACUGUUCCGACGGUUUCUGCGAACUGACUGGAUACUCCAGAGCGCACGUGAUGGGGAAAAGCUGUUCCUGUAAAUUUCUCCGGGGACCGAAGACGAAUGAAACUGAAAAGGAAAAGAUCGACAAGGCACUGGAAAACAUCGAAGAAAUUAAAACAGAAAUCUUACUUUAUCGCAAAGGAGGGAUGACAUUUUGGUGUUUGUUGGACAUCAUACCUAUCAAGAAUGAAAAGAGUCAGAUAGUGUUAUUCUUGGUAUCCUAUAAAGACAUCAGCCGAGAUCGAUCUUCGUCUACCGAUGUACCGGAAAAGGAGAGUAGUGAUGAAGAGGACAGCGACGAUGACCUCGACGAAAAUUUUCGUCCGCCAAAUGUGCGAUGUCGGGCAGACAUGCCGUCCAACUGCAACUAUCAGCGGAGAAGAAGCAGAGCAGUUCUUUAUCAUCUGUCAGGACAAUUUGAGAAACAAAACAAAGCCAAAAGUAAACUUCAAAAACUCAAUAAGCUCACAGAAUCCAUUUCCGGUAAAAUGCCAGAAUACAAAGUUCAGGAAGUGAAGAAAUCCCGUUAUGUGAUUUCGCAUUAUGGGAUAUUUAAGAUCGGCUGGGAUUGGCUGAUCCUGUUGUGUACAUUCUACACCGCUAUCAUGGUGCCAUAUAACGCUGCUUUUACCCGCGAGGACAACUACAGAAGCUCCAUACCGUCCGACGUUACCGUGGAAGUUCUCUUUAUGAUUGAUAUUGGGUUAAACUUCCGGACCUCCUUCGUUAGCAAGAGCGGUCAGAUUGUAUAUGACGGCCGCAUGGUGGCGCUUAACUACAUCCGGGGCUGGUUCGUGCUUGAUCUCCUGGCUGCUAUUCCAUUCGAUUUUUUAUAUACAAUUGAUAUUAGUACCAAUACUCCAGUACAUUUGCUCAAGGUCGCCCGUUUGCUCCGACUUGCCCGUUUACUCCAGAAAAUUGAUCGUUAUUCUCAGUACAGCGCUAUCGUUAUCGCUUUACUUAUGCUUCUAUUCGCUCUCACCGCUCAUUGGCUGGCUUGUAUCUGGUACGCCAUCGGUUUCCAGGAACUUCUACACAGUUCCCCACAAUGGACGACAGGCUGGCUGUUUGAGCUGAGUGAACGUCUUGACAACCCAAUCAACGCAAACAAGACCAACAGACCCGGGUUAAUGACGGCGUAUAUAUCUGCUCUUUAUUUCACCUGCAGUAGUUUGACAAGUGUAGGAUUUGGGAACGUCUCCGCUAAUACCAACGCCGAGAAAAUCUUUUCUGUGUGUGCCAUGCUUGUUGGUGCUAUGCUCCACGCCGUCGUAUUCGGUAACGUCACAGCUAUCAUACAGAGGAUGUACGCCCGUCGAGCCACCUACCAUUCCAGAACGAAAGACCUGAAGGAUUUUUUCCGCACCCAUCACAUCCCGAAACCUCUUAAACAUCGUAUGCAGGAAUAUUUCCAGACCAUGUGGUCCAUGAAUAAUGGCAUGGAGGCAGGGGAGAUCCUGAAAGAUUUCCCAGACGAAAUGAGAGGCGAAAUUUCAUUACAUCUACAUAAAGACCUACUGUCUCUUGCCAUAUUUGAGAACGCGACACAGGGUUGUCUAAAGGCCAUCUCCCUGCAUACCCGUAGAGCAUUCUCCGCCCCCGGGGAGUUUAUCAUUCACAAAGGAGACACUAUCAAUUACGUGUAUUUGCUGUGUAGCGGUUCCAUGGAGGUCCUCAAGACAGAAAUGGUUGUGGCGAUACUCGGAAAGGGCGAUUUAUUCGGGACAGAUAUUAACCUGGAGGACCCGAUUGGGAUAUCGUGCUGUGACGUCAGAUCGUUGACGUAUUGUGAACUUCAGGGAAUCAAUGUUAAAGGUUUAGCUGAGGUCCUUAAUCUAUAUCCAGACUUUGCUGAAAAGUUUUCUCAGGAUAUCCGCCACGAUCUCACCUACAAUUUGAAGGAAGGAACUGACGAAUCCGACGGUGAAUAUGAAGAGAAGUUACCCAUUACUAGGGUAAUGACUUUACCUUCGAUAUCAGAAGAUGAUGAGGAGACAGAUAGUGAUCACGUGUUCCAUCGGGCAGAUAACUCCAGCAGUCCUAACUCGCAGAGAGAUGGUGGCCGCGAGUCCAGUCCCUCCUCUCCACUAUUAGCCGACAAAUCCUUUACGUUCACUAUACCAAAUGGAGACAUAGAUAAGCUCAGCAGUGUGGUACACAGAGAUCUGACGAGUCCCCCAUCAAUCAAGAGAGGCCACGUCACGAGUUCCAGUCCCGCAACAAAGCGGAAUUACAGCACACCAUUCCGUCGAUCUUCGCUCAGGAAGCAACGUAACCUCGCCAACGCGGCUGAAAAGGGUACCGGUUUAGAAACACUAUCAACUUCAUUGCAAAACCUACAGACGGAUUUCGAAGGCACGAAAUCGAAUAUUUUCCAGAUAGAAAGGAAGGUGGAUACAAUAGGAAGUGAAUUAUCACAUAUGGAUGAACGAUUGAAAUCUCUAAUCGAAAUUCUCACUCCAAAUCCAAGUGUUCAUUCGGAAUCUCCUCCAAAUACACCUUUUACACCUUAUACAAAACCCAAAUUUUCCUUCGGAUCUCCAACGUCUGAAGAUAAUGUGAUAGAUAUGCCCAGUCACCAGAGAGGGUGUACACUAGACGUGCCUUGCUCUUCCGGUAAGAAGGCCAACUCCCAAGGAACAAAGACUAGAACUUCGUUGUUUCCCAAAAUUCAUUUAGACAACAUUCCUUCCAAUAAUAGUGAUGACUGGCGUGCAAAAGCCAACAAGAGUUGUGAUAAUAUUUACCUUAAUAAUAGUGAACACCAAAUUUUGGAACGUCGCCAUAGUGACGGUCCUCCAGACCGUAGAUUACAGAAAGAACUCAACGGAAGUGUCUAUGUUCCCCCAGAGUCACUUCCUCCUCAUGUACAAUGUCAAUUUGAGAAACAACCGAAACUAAUAGGUGGUUCAGCUCAUGUUCUUCCUUCACACCCGGGUCAUUCCUAUCGUCUGCCACAGGCACAUCCGGGUCAUUCCUCUAGUCCACCGCAUUCCCACGAGGGUCGCUUACAAAGUCCCGUUAAGAAACUUCCAAAUAAUUCUUUUGGCCAUCCUCCAUCUCUCAGUUCUCUCGAAUUUGUUUGUGAUAUAGACACAAAAAAGUUACAGCGAAUGAACUCGGUUGAGAGUGAGUAUAAACCUCCUACAGGUGACACACAGACAGUACACACCAUAAGCACAGGAGAUUGUAGCAAACCUCCAAGAACUGUCAGAAGAAUACCAAGGAGUAUAGUGCUUCAAGGUCAACAUCUUCCCAGUGCUAAAAAUGUCCUAGAAACAACCGACUUAUAGGCAAAACAUCUCAAACUUAUACCAUAUAAAGAAAAAUUCCAGUGAAGGGAGAUAACUACGUCAUUACUCUCGCUCACAGUAUUAAUGCAUCGGCGAUGUGUUAGCAUGCUUUUUACCGUAGAGAAAUAUACAGUAUUGCUGUGAAGGUUCGA